AUGGCAAUCGACAAGCGCACCAUCACGGGGGUCAUCGUCGGCCUUCUCUUCCUCGCCCUCUACACCCAGUACGCCAUCCAGCACCUGGCGCUCCCGAUUCCCACCGCCGUCAGCGUCCUCGUCACACUCCUCCCCGUGAUCCAAGGCUUCAGCACUUGGUACCUGGCCUCGCCUCCCACCACUGGCCGGCGCCGGCGCCGGCUCCUCCUCGCUCUCCCAACAACCACCACCACCUCCCCCCCACCGUCCGACACCCGUAAUGCCGCCGCCGACCCUCGCACCCGCCUCGCUCCACCCCUCCUCUCCGCCCUGACCAUCCUCACCACGGUCCUCGCAACACUGGCCGGCACGCACCUGCCACCGGCACUAGACGACGACUCGUGCGCGUUGCGCGCGCGCUGGCUGGCCCUCUUCCGCGCCAAGAAUGGGCCGCGGAUCCAGGCGAUCCAGGACGCGCUGGAGUGCUGCGGCUUCCGCAGCGUCUACGACAUGGCGUGGCCGUUUCCGCAGCCGGACCGCGGCGGGAGGAUGCAGAGGAGCACGUGCGCAGAGACGUUUGGGCGGAGCGAGGCGUGUCUGGCUGGGUGGAGGGGGCAGGAGCGGGUGGUUGCGGGAUUGUUGGUUGUGGUUUGUUUGGGGAGCUGGGCGUGUCAGAUGAUUGUCACGACUCGAGACUCCUCAAGGCCGUCCUGGUUCCAGCAGUUCAAGGCGAGGGGUUUGAGGGACGACGCGAGUGAAUCUGAUGCCGAGGUUGGACAUGGCAACGAACGAUCUACCCGGGCUAUUGACUUCCGCGGCGAGGGCCGAUACACGGACAAUCCAUCUGAGGAUCCUGGGGAAGCUGAACCCGGACAGCCGGCCGAGGGUAGGGGAGGAAUGGCCAUCGAGAAUGCACGCUCCACGGAUACCUAG